UGUGGUUGGACUGGAUGAAAUCCAAUACUGAAAAUCACAUGUCAGUGUUGCUGCUCCAGCUCUCAAUAUUUAACGUUACGAAGACUCCAGCGAGUACCUGCAGAUCAGCAUGGAGGAUCCAAAUGAUUCACAUCCUGAAGAAAUUCCUGGAGUGAGAGAAAACCUGGAAAACAACGACACUGCAGCAGCAGCUGCAAGGAUUCAACAAUAUUUAGAAAGAGAAAAUAAUAUUCCACUAAAUAUCGCCAUCACAGGGGAAACUGGUUCUGGGAAAUCCACCUUUGUUAACGCCCUCAGAGGGAUGUCCGAUGAUGAUGAGGGAGCUGCUCCCACUGGUGUUACAGAAACCACCAUAGAGGUCACAGAGUACCCCCAUCCAAACUAUCCCAAUGUUACUUUAUGGGAUCUUCCUGGAAUCGGUACCACAAAGUUUCCAGCUAAGAAGUACCUGGAGCUUGUUGGAUUUGAGAAGUUUGACUUCUUCAUCAUCAUCUCAGACACUCGUUUCAGAGAAAAUGACGUGAAACUCGCUCAGGAGAUUCAGAAGAUGAAGAAAAAGUUCUACUUUCUUCGGUCAAAGAUUGAUGACAAUUUACGCGCCGAAAGAAGAAAGAGAGACUUCAUUGAAGAGGAGACUCUUACAAAAAUCAGAGACGACUGUGUUCACAGACUCAGAGGAUUAGGCAUCGAGUCUCCGCAGGUCUUCCUGGUGUCCAGCUUUGAGCUCCACCUGUACGACUUCUCUCUCUUGCAGCAGACCUUAGAGAGAGACCUUCCUAAAAACAAGAGGGACACUCUGCUGUUCGUCAUGCCCAACAUCAACCCAGAGAUCAUCAUCAAGAAGAAAAAAGCUUUUCAGUCCAAAAUAAAAUACUAUGCUACUCUGUCUGCAGCUGUAGCAGCUGUUCCACUUCCUGGUCUUUCUAUUGCUGUUGAUGCUGCUGUGCUGGUUGUUGCUGUCACACAUUAUGUUCAUGCGUUUGGUCUUGAUGUCCCGUCUCUGAAGAGACUUUCUGCGAGAACAGGUGUGCCCUAUGCUGAUCUGUGUGCCGUCAUCAUUUCACCACUGGCUGCAGCAGAAAUAACUAAAGAUCUCCUCUUGAAGGUGAUAGCCCAACUUGCGGGAACAGUUGCUUUAAUUGCAGCAGAGGAAGCAACAAGGUGGAUUCCAUUUAUUGGAAUUCCAGUAGCCAUGGGUCUCUCUUUCACCACAACUUACAAAGUUCUGAAUUUGCUCCUUGAAAAGCUCGCUGAUGAUGCUCAGAGGGUGUUUGAAAGGACUUUGGUUUGAAUCACACAUUGGGGUUAAAAAAAUAAAAACCAAAUUACACACUGAAACGUUCCUUUAAUUAUAUCAAUAAAGGAACAAAUGUGAUCUUAUUUUUCAAAUAUGAACUGUGUACAAUGCAGAAGAGCUGCAUAAUCAUUGCUCUGGUUUGUUUUUCUAAUUCUUUGAAUUAAUUGCUAACAUCAGCGCUUUGUAGAGAUCGGCUGAGGUGAUGGUUACUGCUGAAACAUCUCCACUUUUCUUUGAUUUAAUCUUUGUGAUUAAACUAGUCUUUGUUAUCAUGUUGUAGCUUCCAGCGUCAUAAAUACAAAGUAUGCAGAGUGUUUUAUGUCAUGUGAUAAGCAGAGGCGUGUGGAACAGAAACUGUUGACUGUAGAUUGUGUUUGCUGCCCUCCAGUGGUCAUGGUGUAAAACUACAGCAUCAAUAAUACAGACAUGAACCGUACUGAUAUACACAUUAACAUUAAUGUUAAUACAGGGGUGAUUCUAGGAUCAGAGCUUUGGGGGUGAUGAGCACCCAGAGAGCUGCCCAGCCAGGCAAGAUAAACCUGUCUCUGU